AUGGCAGCGAACAGCUACUACAACGCUGGGUACAGCAACAACCCACCAACAUACGAACAAGCGAUCCCUCAUACAGACUCGUUCCAUCGACAAUCACCAGCGCCCACCUACACGGCUCCCAGUGGACGCCCCUAUGCUGACUCCGAACCCCCUCACAUACGAGACAGCCAACAUUCCUUAGGGUCCGAUCAGGGCGCAUAUGUAGCGGGUGGAAGGUUAAACGAAGGAGAUCACUAUGCUGAGAACAUCCCCCUGAAGGAGAACACUCAAUACUCAAACGGGCCACCACCGGCCAACUGGAUGCAGCAACCCACGCAUUACCCCCCAGACCCUGCGAUGUUGGAAUCAGCCCCCAAUAGAAGUAGAGGAAAGAGGGGCUUCUUUAAGAAGAAAAUCCCCUUCGUCACCUAUAUCCUCACUGUGGUACAAAUCGCGGUGUUCAUCGCAGAGUUGGUCAAGAGCGGACAACUCACAGGAAACCCGAUUCAGACGAAACCUCAAUUCAAUCCGAUGAUAGGACCUUCGGCGUACAUCCAGAUUAAUAUGGGAGCGCGGUACGCGCCGUGUAUGAAGAAUGUCGACAAGGUACAGAACUCUCCGGUCGACUUCCUCAUGCCCUGCCCAAAUUCAACAACGAAUGCUUUGGAGUGCACCUUAUCCGAACUGUGCGGCUUCAGCGGUGUUCCAAAUCCGCACCUCGGUGGUUCCCUCGAUGAUCAGCCGGAGCCCAACCAGUGGUAUCGGUUUAUCGUGCCUAUAUUCCUCCACGGUGGUUUCAUUCACAUUGGCUUCAACUUGCUUUGUCAAAUGACGAUGGGCGUUGACAUGGAGCGGAUGGUCGGAUGGUGGCGGUAUGCCUUGGUUUAUUUUGCCAGUGGUAUCUGGGGUUUCGUUCUUGGAGGUAACUACGCGGCUCCAUUCCAACCAUCUUCGGGCUGCUCAGGUGCUCUGUUUGGCAUCCUUGCACUCUUCAUCUUGGAUCUUUUCUACACCUGGAAAGACAGACCGUCGCCAUUUGUGGAACUGAUUAUCAUGAUCCUUGGUGUGGGAAUCUCUUUCGUGCUGGGUCUGCUGCCGGGCCUGGAUAAUUUCUCCCACAUUGGUGGAUUCGUCAUGGGCCUGGCCCUCGGUCUCUGCAUUAUGAGAUCGCCUAACGCACUUCGGGAGCGUAUUGGGCUCGCCCGUAACCCCUAUGUGGCGAUGAGUGGUGGUGCCGGUCCCACUUCUGAUGAAGAGAACAAAACCACGACUGGCCCAAGUUUCGUCAAUUUUUUCAAAGGACGGACGGGCCCGAACUCGUCUUCCGAAACAUCUGGUCCCUUGGGUUUCUUCAAGGGCCGGAAACCACUGUGGUGGGCAUGGUGGUUGGUCCGGGCCGGAGCUUUGGUUGCAGUUAUCAUUGGGUUCAUUCUUUUGAUUGUGAACUUCUACAAGUACCCCAAGUCUAAUUGCUCGUGGUGUUAUAGACUGAGCUGUUUGACUAUCCGCUGUAUCUUUUCCAUUACGCGUACUUUGAGGUCGACCCAUGAAGUCACGCUAAAUUUAUCCCGUCUGGUCUUGACACGGACCGGCUAUACUCACCAUGGCGACUUUAGCCGCCUCACCGCCAUCGUCACCAUCCUGGCCCAAACGACGUCCUCGGGCCUGGGCUCUCCGAUCAUUCGUCUACGGUUUGACAACAUGGGCGGUCUAUGCUUACCGACGUCGAUUAUCGGCAUUGCCCUCUAUAUUUGCCUGAACGCCUCGUAUAGUGUUGCGGUAUUCACAGAUCCCGGCUCACCACUGUCGGCCAAUAGUCGCCAUGAAUACAGCGCUCUGCCGGUUACGGAAUUGCCGGAGUUCACUGCAUACACCGUGAAUUCAGUGGGAGAGUCCCGGUUCUGCAAAAAAUGUCAGUGUCCUAAACCGGAUCGAGCGCAUCACUGUUCAACGUGUAAACGAUGUGUGUUGAAGAUGGACCAUCAUUGCCCGUGGCUGGCGACGUGUGUUGGGCUGCAUAACUACAAGGCCUUUCUCUUGUUUCUUAUUUACACAUCGAUAUUCUGCUGGGUUGAUUUCGCGGUGGCGUCGAGUUGGAUAUGGACCGAGGUGCUCAAUGAUACGCGGUAUAUGGACACCAUAUUACCCGUGAAUGUGGUAUUGUUGGCCAUACUCGGAGGGAUUAUUGGGUUGGUGCUGUCGGGGUUUACCAUCUGGCAUAUUAGUCUCGCCGUGCGUAACCUGACCACGAUUGAGUGCUUAGAAAAGACGCGCUAUGUAUCUCCGUUGCGGAAAGCGCUGGAUCGUCGCCGCUACGAAAACAUACUGGGUAACGGUCACAAUGGCCAAGAAAACGUCGAACCAGAAAGCCUAGGGCAUCGGCUUCAGGACUAUGGCAAUCAGAUCUUGGACGCUCAUGCAAAUGCAAUCCCCGGCGUCACCCGGCCAGAGGAGGGAGAGGAAUCCCUGCCCGCAUACUCUCAGUCGGGUCCUGGAGGCACUCCCGCCCAGCAGGCCCUGUCGCGAUCAUAUGCGGACUUGGAGAGGCAGCGCGAGCAUGAUCGAUACCAUAGUUAUCUUGACGAAGAGGAUAAUGAGAAGAUGCCGAACGCUUUUGAUCACGGAUGGCGUCGGAAUCUCUUACACUUAUUUGGUGAACGGCCACUCCUCUGGCCCAUUCCUGUGCGCACUACUACUGGUGACGGUUGGCAUUGGGAGCCCAGCUCGAAAUUUUUAGAAGCGCAAGACAGGGUGCGACAGAGACGAGAGCAGGCGGCUAGUGAUGAACAACAAUACUAUCGGGAUCUCUACCAGCGUAACAUGCACAACAGUCGGAGCUGGCUUGGGACGGACGCAACACCGUCGAUGUACGUACCCCACCAGCCGUCGAACGUCUAUCAGGAAACCGAGCGCCCUGCAACGGGUGUGUCAAUGAAGACCCUGGCACCGAUGUCGCCGCGUCCAAGGCCGGGAGACAGUGAUUUUGAAGAUGUAGAGGAGAGUCAUGAUUUGCUGCAACCCCGUAAUGAUCAGUUAGGUGCAUCUCGAAAACCUGGGUUGCCCGCCCAACGACGUGGACAAUCGAAUGAAUGGAGAGAUUGGGAUUAG